CCCCCACGCCCGGCCGGCGGACAGCUGCCCCGGCGGGGCUGGCAGCAGCGGUCCCCCGCACUGCGCCCGGGCGCCCGCCUUCGCCGCAGCUCCUGCCUGUCUGGCCAUGGCCGCGGCCACCUCCCCUCCCAGGGCGGAGAGGAAACGCUGGGGCGGCGGCCGCCUGCCGGGAGCCCGGCGGGGCAGCGCGGGCCUGGCCAAGAAGUGCCCCUUCUCGCUGGAGCUGGCCGAGGGCAGCCCGGCAGGCAGCGCGCUCUACGCGCCCAUCGCCCCGCCUGGCGCCCCGGGCCCCGUGUCCCCCGCCGCGCCCCCCGCCACCGCCGACCUUGGUCCGCGGCCGCGCGUGAGCCUGGACCCGCGCGUCUCCAUCUACAGCGCGCGCCGGCCGCUGCUCGCCCGCACUCACAUCCAGGGCCGCGUCUACAACUUCCUCGAGCGCCCCACCGGCUGGAAGUGCUUCGUCUACCACUUCGCUGUCUUCCUCAUCGUCCUGGUCUGCCUCAUCUUCAGCGUACUGUCCACCAUCGAGCAGUAUGUCGCCCUGGCCACAGGGACCCUCUUCUGGAUGGAGAUCGUCCUGGUCGUGUUCUUCGGGACGGAGUAUGUGGUCCGCCUCUGGUCAGCUGGCUGCCGCAGCAAGUACGUGGGCAUCUGGGGCCGGCUGCGCUUCGCCCGGAAGCCCAUUUCCAUCAUUGACCUCAUCGUGGUGGUGGCCUCCAUGGUGGUCCUCUGCGUGGGCUCCAAAGGGCAGGUGUUUGCCACCUCGGCCAUCAGGGGCAUCCGCUUCCUGCAGAUCCUGCGGAUGUUGCACGUCGACCGCCAGGGGGGCACCUGGAGGCUGCUGGGCUCCGUGGUCUUCAUCCACCGCCAGGAGCUCAUCACCACCCUGUACAUUGGCUUCCUGGGCCUCAUCUUCUCGUCCUACUUCGUGUACCUGGCCGAGAAGGAUGCCGUCAACGAGUCGGGCCAGGUCGAAUUCGGCAGCUAUGCGGACGCCCUGUGGUGGGGAGUGGUCACAGUCACCACCAUCGGCUACGGGGACAAGGUGCCGCAGACGUGGGUGGGGAAGACCAUUGCCUCCUGCUUCUCCGUCUUUGCCAUCUCCUUCUUUGCGCUCCCGGCGGGGAUUCUCGGCUCCGGCUUUGCCCUGAAGGUCCAGCAGAAGCAGAGGCAGAAGCACUUCAACAGGCAGAUCCCGGCGGCAGCCUCGCUCAUCCAGACGGCCUGGCGGUGCUACGCAGCGGAGAACCCAGAUUCCUCCACCUGGAAGAUCUAUGUCCGGAAGCCGUCCCGGAACCACACCCUGCUGUCCCCCAGCCCUAAGCCCAAGAAGUCCGCCAUGGUAAAGAAGAAAAAGUUCAAACUGGAUAAGGACAACGGGGUGAGCCCAGGCGAGAAGGCGCUGGCGGUUCCCCACAUCACCUGCGAUCCCGUGGCGGAGGACCGCAGGCCCGAGCCCUUCUCAGUGGACGGCUACGACAACACUGUGAAAAAGAGUCCCACACUGCUGGAAGUGAGCACGGCCCAUUUCAUGAGAACCAACAGCUUUGCUGAGGACCUGGACCUGGAUGGGGAGGCGCUGCUGACUCCCAUCACCCAUGUGUCACAAGGGAGAGAUCAGGGCCCCCUCCCAGGUCAACACUGUGUCACUUCCCCGGAAAACCCAGGACCCAGCCAGUUCCCAAGCAGCGUGGCUUCAGAAGUGAAUACAGCGUGCACCACCCCCCCCAGAGCAGUGUUUCAGCAGCAUAAAGCCUGAAUGUAAAAUGAGGUCUAAGCUGUAGUUUAAAAAAGAGUUUAAAAUGUGAAUAUGGGUUGGAAAAUAUUUAGACUAACUCAGAUAUUAGGCGACUCAACAGAAAAUGUACUAAGCACUGUCACUGUCACACGAAUCAAAAUCAAAGAUUACCUGAAAAUGGAAGAAAAGUUACAUAAAAACUUGAGCCUUUAAUGAGACACAGCAGUCAGAACAUGUACGGCGUCCACUCCUCUAAAAAUCACUCCUCGCAAACUUCCAUGACGACAAAACCUAUGUAGCAUUUCAUUUCCUAGGAGAGCCCUGUCGGUCUGCAGACGGGUGGAGGGCACCCCUUCCCAUCAGAGGGGGGCGGGGGCGCUCCCUGCUCUCACCCGGGCUCUGCCUCUCCCUGUCAAAAACCUCUUUGUGCAGGAGCAGCCCUGCUCCUCGGAGGGACAUGAACCAGAGCCCACAGCACUGCGCCACCGCGCUCCACAGCCCACCAGCCCGGCCCCGCAGCGGGGGCUGCUCGGUCACAGCCUGGCAGAACUUCUGCAGGAACUGCAGCAUGCCCUUCUUGCCCUAUUAAGAUGUUGCUCUUAAAAAGUAAUAAUAACGUAGCUUUACACAUGCUAGGGAAAACAGAUGCAGUAUACAAAGGGAAAAUGGCAAAAAAUCAGGUUAUCCCCACCCCAACCCUGACUUCCUAAGUUUCCUUCCCUAAAGGUUACUGCUGUCCAAGCUCCCCAUUGUAUUUUUCAGUGUGUUAUCUGGGCAAACGUACUCAUAAUAUACCUCCUUUUCACACAAGUGGUAGCAUAUAUUAUUUAGCUGCAGUCUGCCUUUCUGACUUCAUACAGGCAUGCCAGACUUCUUUUUGAGCUGCCCAGACAAGCUUGGUUUAUCACGGGGCAGUGCUCCUGAGGGGCACCUUUAUCCUGCAGCAUUGUUUGGGUACACACAAGAACAGGUGACAGCUGGAGCACUGCUUUCUCGUGAGUGAGCUUCUAGGAUCCUUGAGAGAACGUGGUCUCUGCUCUUAGUCCACUGGACUGGGCUUUCCCCAAAUGGGACUGUGCUCCUGGCAGCACUAGUCUUUGUGGCAUCGGUUCUGUUGCUGGUGAACACGGGGACCCAGCCACCUGAAAAAGGCAUGUAGGUGGCGGGGUGGGAGGCCUGUGAGGAGGCUGAAGAACAUCAUGUUGAGUGUUAACCAGUGAGCCUUCCAUCAAAGAAUACACAGAUGGGCUACUCAGUAAAGCCUGAUGAAGGCCCUGAGCAUUUUCAAGGGCAACACUGCCUUGACUGCAGCUGGCAGGAGGUGGCCAACAGUUCCUUGCUUGAUGGUCUGGGCAGGAAGCAACCCCAGGGCAUCUGAAGAGAACGGAGCCCUGGUCAGGGCACUGGGCAGGGGCCCUGUCUCUGUGGACAUCGUGCUGUAAGGAAACCCUCCAGCUUUCAGUAGCGAGCCCUCUCAUUUCUCUGUAAGCACGCAGCCCCAGUGUGCACUGUUCAGAGAGAAGAUGCCUGUGUGUUCUGGAGAGGGAUCUAUAUUAAGACAUCUAGUGCUUCUCCUGUUUAUUAACAGCUGCAGAGCAUUCCAUUGUGCCAUAAUGUAUGGAACAAGUCCCCUAUUGAUGGAUGUAUAGGGCAGCCAAAGACAGCCAUUAACCAUUCAAAUAUUCACUAAUGAACUGCCUGAUUUUGAAAUUAGUCCCUCUGAAACGUCCCUCCCCACUGAACACUGUCGUUUCUCCCUACCCAUCUUAUGCCUGUUCUACCUCUGUUGACUGAGUCACCUAGGCUGUCUCUUAUCAAAUAAGGACAACAUAAAGUAAAUUAUGAAUAAGAACUGUAAACCUUGUCAAGAUAUGAGAUUUCAUGAAGUUAAGGGAAAUGAAACUGAAGAAUCUCUCUUCAGAGAUUAGACAAUUAGGCAGAGUUAAAGCAUUUACCAACUGAAGAGAAAAGCAACACUGAUACCUAGAAAACCAUUUCAAAGGGGUGCAAAAGAAAUAAUAAAAGAUUAAGAGUGGCCCCUUGGUGAAGCCAUGAAGCCCUACCUUCUAUAAAACUGAGCCUCUGUGUGAAAGUGCUCCCAGAGUCCAUUAUGAAGUGAGAGGUGCCCUACUGCGGUGUCAUGCUACAUCUUACGACAUUCCAUCAGAACCUCUCUCAAUGCAUUUUUUCUAAUGAGUUAUCUGCAAUUAUGACAAUGUAUAUAUAGGACAAUAUGAUUUUCAAGACUAUUAUUACUACUCCUCAAGGUAACUUCCCAAUCAAAUCUAUUUUUCAUGAAAUGUUGGUCUCCAUUAUAAGUGCAUUCACUUCAAGAGGCCCACUGUCUCCCAUUUCCAGCAAGGUUAAGAUAUUUGUACAUGUUUUGAUAAGAUACUACCAAAUAAAGGCUCGUGCCCAUUUACACUACUGUGGAUAUUGUGCAAACAUGCCCGUCUUCCCACACCUUCACCAACAACUGCUACUCACUAGUAGUCACAGCUUCCACCUUCAUUACUUUGGUUGAUAAGACAUGGUGUACUGGAGUUUCCACUUAUAUUUCUUUUACUGUAAAUGAGGUGUUUAUCUCUUUAAAUCAGUAAACAUUUGCUUUUUCUUCUCCGUGAACCAUUUCUCCAUACCUUUAUUUUUUUAAUAUCCCUUUUUACUAAUUUAUAGGAAUUCUGCCUUACAUGUUAAAAACAUUUUAUCCCAAUUUUCCUUCAUCUUUUAGCUUCUAGAUUUUUCUGCUGGCAGGACUUUUAAAUUUGAGGAUUUUUUUGCUUUUGUUUAUUGUUUUGCAUUUCUUAUAUUUUAUUAAAAGUUGAGUUUCUUUCUGUGAGUCAGAAGCCAGAUGCAUUUUCUUUUCAUACGCUGUUCAAGUUUUUGGUCCAUUUUCUCCCUAUGGGCUUCAGAAUUUUUAAAUUCUGACAUAGUCAACCUUGGCAGUCUUUUGUGAUGUGAGAUUCUUGUCUUAAAUUUUGAAAAAACUGAGAUUGUUUUAGUAAGUUCUCCUGUGUUUUCUUUUGCCAUCUUGUUUUUCACAUUAAAAAAUUUUAAUUGCUACAUGGUUAAUUACAGUGUUGUGUUAGUUU